AUUGCAGGCUGUCAAUUUGUGCGGACGCUUUGCCUUCAGGGUAGCGAAGUCUGUUUUGAUGAUAAAAUCUUUGGAAAAUGUAUACCAACGACCGGCGUCGAUGUGGAGGAUAUAGAAAAAACACCUCUCACGGAGGAACAAUCUCGCACCCUCGCCACAAUGCUGGAAGAAUUGCAGGGCGCCGGACUUGGUUGGGAUCAUCCCUACGUACAAUGUCGCAUUCAAGGCACUCUUUAUUCACUCCAAAAACAGACUCAGUUACCCCCGAACCUUUGCGCCAACCUGGCACCCACGCCAACCGAUUUCGAUCCCGCUGGCGCUAUGGCUUUCGUACGCUUCACUCCACCCGAAGAGGAUUAUGUUGACGAACGGUAUUUCUAUCCGCCACUGAAAAAACAGCAGCCGGUUAAGGAAGGCAACAGUCUCAACACUAUUCUACAUGAAUUGCAGUUGCAGGACCGUCAACUUCGUCAUGAUCCGCUCGAGCUGGCACAUUUCGGUAAAUUGGACGCACAGGAUCAACCCCAAAUGGAUCCGAAUGUAUUGGAAACCUUCUUGGAGAACGAGCGAGCGCGCAUACAACGUGAACAAAUGGAGCGCACAGCAGAAAUUGAGGCAGCACAAGCGAAUGAGGCGCGCAACCGCUUGGAACUCUAUCAAAUGUUAGCCGCAUCUGAACCGGAUCCGCAGCCGUAUCAACGUAAUCCGAGUAGCGCAAUUGAAAAACUUGAACAGGUGGUUGAGCGCGAACGUGAAGUAGCGGCAAAGGCACCACCACCGGUUUAUGUGCCGGAUGAGCUAUCGAAUGAUUCCAACGAAUUAUACUUUCCGGAACAUUUUGCUUCUUUCAAACGCACCUCAAGCAAACACGCAGGCAGAGUUAAAGGCAGGCCAGUGCAGCGCUCAUUCUUCCGCGAAUUGGCCGCCGAGCAAGGUUUGGAGCAAGAACCUUUGGUGAAUCAUGAUUUCAGUGAAAAUGCGAUCGAUGAAUCCGAUCCGAUGUUUUUGCCCACAUACAAACGCAACAACGCAGAUGAUUAUGCCAGUGACUCCGAACGCAAACAAAUGGCUUUCGAAGAUAGUCUCAUACGCAAUUCUUUGACACCCUUCGAAGAAGAAGCGAUGCUCUCCUCGAAUACUUAUGCUCGUAAUGCGCAAAAACCACGACCCGUGUUUACGGAAGGUGGAUUAGUAUAUGUGCCCGAGGAUGAGGAGGAAGUACGCAAGGCCAAGGCACGUGAAAUACUGGCCAGCAUGUUCGGGUUUACGCGGCAUGAACGUUUGGAUGUAAAGAAACCAGGGCCGUUGAUCGGACCGCCGCCCAAUGCCGUAGAGCCAGCGGGAAAGCAGAAUGACACCGAAGGCGUGAAGGCAGGGAACAAGGAGGUUUUACCAGCGCAUAUUAAAGGCAGUAAGGAGGGUAGCAAAAAGAAGAAGGUGCUGAAGGAUCAUUCCGAUGAAGAUCAUGCUCCGCACACUGUCGACACCGAAUAUGCGCAUGUGUUCGUCAAGAACCCUAUCGAUAGCUGGAGUGACGGUGUGCGCAUCAUGAACGAAUUGGCCAACAUACUACAUAUGCAAGGAUACUUUACCUAUUUAACCGUUCAACCGCACGAAGUCUCUUUCCGGGUGGACUCAAAUAACCCCGAACACAAGACCGCCGCCGAUAUUGCACGCAUCAUUAACGACAAUCGCGGUGUAAAGAAUAACAUCUUGCGCCGCCUGGGCUUCACUGUGCUCCAUGCUGGCGUUGGCGAUAAGAUCAAAGACGAUUCGGAUGUCGUUUCGGCGUCACGCAUUGAGCUCGCCGAGCAAGGGCCUGAUGUGACACACAUUAUGGCUUACAUGUUUGCUGGUGCCGGCGCUGCAGCUGUGAUUGUUAUCUUUGUUACACUGAUACUGAUUAAGCGACAUGACAAGAAACGCGACAAGUUGGGUGGACUCCAGUCGGGCAUUAGUGGCGCAGAGAGUUGCAGCAAAGACUAUCAAGAUUUGUGUCGUGCACGCAUGGCUGGCAAGGGCAGUGCCCCCGAGCCGGUAGCUAGUGGUCGUAUAACAUCGUUGAGUAAGGAAAAUGAUCGGCCACCAUCAUCGCGCUCAAGCACUUCAUCUUGGAGUGAGGAACCGGCGCUAACCAACAUGGAUAUCUCGACCGGGCAUAUGGUGUUGUCUUACAUGGAGGAUCAUUUGCGCAACAAGGGCCGUUUGCAGCGAGAAUGGGAGGCAUUGUGCCGUUAUGAAGCCGAACCGAGUGCACGCGAUGCAGCACAACAACCGCAAUGCACUAAUUUGAAUCGACCAGGUGCUCCGCUACCUUAUGAUCACUCACGAGUCGUGCUCAAUCACUUGGCCAACGCUGAGGGUUUGGAUUACAUCAAUGCAUCGACAAUUACCGACCAUGAUCCACGCGCACCAGCUUACGUCGCCGCUCAAGGACCACUACCGACGACUCUGGCACACUUCUGGCAAAUGAUUUGGGAACAAGGCGCUGUCGUCAUUGUAUCACUGUGUCGCCUGCAGGAAAACGGAGAGAUCGCGUGCGCACGCUACUGGCCUGAAGAGGGCGCCGAGGUUUAUCACAUCUAUGAAGUUCACUUGGUGAGCGAGCAUAUAUGGUGUGAUGACUACCUCGUACGCUCCUUCUAUCUGAAGAAUUUGCGUACCAGCGAGACGCGCACAGUAACACAAUUCCACUUCCUCUCCUGGCCACAGGGGGGCGUGCCAACGCAAGCUAAAGCAUUGCUGGACUUCCGAAGGAAAGUGAACAAGUCCUAUCGCGGCCGCUCCUGCCCGAUUGUGGUGCACGGUAGCGCUGGUGCUGGCCGCACCGGUGCCUACAUACUGCUCGAUCUUGUGCUGGGACGCAUGAAUAAGGGCGCACGUGAAAUCGAUAUCGCCGCCACGUUGGAACAUUUACGCGAUCAACGCGCCGGAUUAGUGGCCACGCGGCAACAAUUCGAAUUCGUGCUAAUGGCUGUGGCCGAAGAGGUCCAUGCAAUUUUGAAGGCGCUGCCAGCAAAUCAAUCGAAUGAAAAGCGCGAACUGGAGGCAAAAGAAACAACAACAGGCACCUUAAAAGAGGAGGAAGCGGGCAGUGAGGAGGUGGUACCAACAACAUCCAAAUCUUCUGCCAAAUCAACCACGGCGGCGGCAGCUGCGUCGGCAACGGCAGGCACAAAAGAAAAGGAGCAGCAACAAAAGGGAAGUGAGAAGAGUGAGAAAGAGCGAGGCAAAACGGAGGUAAAGGAGUCGAAAACCGCACCAACAGCAGCGACUGCGACGCCGACGAAGAGUGCAACGGCAGCGGUGGCGGUGAAGAAAAAGUAAGCGAAGGCGGCGGUGUAGUGUUGAACGCGCGCAUAAACUAAGCGCGCGAGAGCGGUUGGUUUUUUUUUUGUCAGUUAUUCAAACGAUUUUUUUAACUAACUUUUUUAAAAAGUUAAACUUAACAAAAACUUAAACAAGUUUAAAAAAUAUUAUUUCAAGGCACGUAGUAAGUUGGCGAGUUCGAAACAGGCUAAAUUUGGGAGGCAAGAAGCAGGCUUAAUUUUAUUUAAGGACAAAAUUUAAAAAAAAAUUUAAAAAGUUUUCAGUUACAAAAAUAUUUUUCAAAACUAGCAUAGAGAAUUUAAUUACAUUAAAAACGUGUAAUUUUCAUUGCAUUGCUAUGCUUUUUGCAUACUACGCAUAAAAAUAUUGAAAUGCCAAUUCACACAAUCACUUUUGGCACUUGACUUCGUUCAGUGGGGCGCGCAUGCGUUGCAUUUUGCUUUUCCAUUAACGCGUCGUCGCUUCAAUAUAUCAAACCAAUCCAGCCCAUUGAAGCGGUGCGUCUUAUAAAAGUAAAUUGCGCAUGCGCGACAAGCAAAUCAGAACAACACACACAACCAAAAUAUAUGUAGUUUUAGGCAGCAUGCAAAGACAAACAAUUAUUUAUGCAACUUAAGCGAAAACAUAAGAAUAUAUUUGAAAAAAAAUGGAAAAUGGAAAAUUAUCGUAUUAAAUGUUUAUUUCAAGUGAAAAAAGACAUGAAUUAAUUAUAUACCACAACUAAAUAUGCUAUUAUGCAAGUAAGUAAAGAAAGUAUUAUCGAUGUGCAUUGAAAUCUAUUUGAAAUAACCGCGUAUACAUGUACAACAACAAUAAAUACACAACUAUCCGUAUACAUACAUAUACAAUAUUUGAAGAGAUGCUUCGAUUGAAAAAUUACAAAAAAACAUGAAAUGCAAAAAACGAAGCAUACAUAUAGGCCGUAAAAAUGGUUUGAAUUACAAUUUUUUCAUUCGCCCCACAAGCCAGCAAACAGCAGUAAAAAAUUGAUAAAUUAUAUGCAAAAACAAUAAUAGCAGCUUUGAAAGCUCAGCGCAUUCUGCUACCACCACCACCACAACCACGACACCUCCACCUAACACUUCUUGGUAGCAAAUGUUAAUCAAAUGAACAUUUUAAAGGAAACUUUUAUAGAUAUACAUAUUUAUGUUUUUUGAAUGUUCCUACAACAACUAUUUGUGUUAGUUUUAAAUUAUGGCAAAUUUGAUUGUGAUGUGCAAAAUAUUUUAAAAUAUAUAAACAUACAUACUUAUAUAUGUUUGAAUGUCUUACCAAACAAAUUACCUACGACUAUACAUACAUACGAUAAAUACAUAUACCAUAUAUCCAUAUAUAUCAGUGUAAUGUGUACCUAAAGAUAAAUAAUCAAAUAAAUCAACUUCGCAAAUUUAUGUGCAAAAUCAUAUAUUUACAAUGUAUUAAAUGCGUACUAUCAAACAUAAGCAUACAUAUUUACAAACGCUAAGUAAUGACAUUUAAAUACAUAUAUACCUAUGCAUAUAUAUACAUAAAUAUAUAUUAUAUAUUUACAUUAAUUGAAAAAGAAAUCCCACAUUAUGUACUUAUAUACUAUGCAUAUUUAAAAAUACCACAUCAGAUGCGUUCCAAGCUAAACAAAAACCAAAAGUAAGUCAAAUUAAUAUUUAAAAAUUUACUUUGGUUGAUUUCUACUUGAUCUAUUUGUGUGUAUAUAUGUACAUAUUUUACCUACAUAACUACUUAAAUUUUGAUGUAAUGUAAACUUGACACCACAAAAGAAUACGAAAGAAUACACUUUAAGAGUGGUAAAUUUUUCAAAACACAAAGUUCAUAAUGAUGUGAGAGUGAAAGCUAAGCAAAUGACAAUUUUCGGAAGAAAAACAAAGAAACAAAAUUUGAUUAUUAUGCAAGGCAGGCUUUCACGCAUAAAAAAGAGCUUUCACUCAGAAGAGCGAACAUUCGCUAAGAAGAGUGAGCUUUAACCUACGUAACUACUUAAAUUUUGAUGUAAUGCAAGCUUGACAGCACACAAGAAUACGAAAGAAAUCAUUUUGAAAGUAGUAAAUUUUUCAGAGCACAAAGUUCAUAAUUAUAUGAAAGUGAAAGCUACGCAAAUGAGAAUUUUCGCAACAAAAAAAAUUAAACACAAGUUGAUUAUUACGCAAGGCAAGCUUUCACUCCUAAAAAGGAGCUUUCACUUAGAGAAGUUAGCUUCCACUAAUAACAGUGAGCUUUCACCUCAAAGAGUGAACGAGCCCUCAGUUAGAGCCGUGAGUUUUUACUCAUAAGAAUGGGCUUUCACUAAGAAAAGUGAGCUUUCACUAAAAAAAAAGUGGCUUUUCGCUAAGAAAUUUCAGCUUUCACUCAACAAUGCUGAACUUUUGCUCACAGGUGCAAACUUUCAUAUGCAGAUUAAAAUUUGAACUCGAAAGUGAAAGUGAAAGCGAAAGUGAAACUGAAAGCUUUCACAUGCAAUCAAUCAGUUGCUUUCAGUAACAAAAAGAAAGCUUACACUUAACUUUAACAUAACUACACAUGUAAGCUUUCACACGCAAGUGUGAGCUGCCACUAAUGAGUACAAGCUUUCACACACAAAAUUUGCGCUUUCACUCAUCGCCACAAGCUUUCGUAAUUCUCUUAUUCACUCAUCAUUUGUCAUAGGUAUGUGCAGCACGCUUAAAACUCUUAAAUUCAUGUAUACAUUAUUUAUGUGUUGAUGUGCAUUAUUUCAAAAAAUAUAUAUACAUACGCGUGUAGGUACACAUACAUAUAAAACACAAUACAUACAAAAUUUAUUUGGUAUAUCUUAACGCCUUUUUGCGCACUUCAAAAUUCCAUUAUUUGCAAAAUUUCGAAAUGAUACAAUUUUACUUAACUUUUCUACGAGGGCAGCUAAAAAUUGUAGAAUUUUGCAAAUUUGUUAUUUUGAAAUGGAAAUAAAAAGAGCACAAGCUUUUAUAAUGGCGAAAAAAAAUCACAUGAGGCAUAACAAAAAAAAAAACUCCUAAAAAAAAUCAAACACUAAUAAAAAUGGAGGCGCACAAAUUUUGAAAGUGAA